AUGGGAGGUAAGAGGCGGCAAGGCAAAGGUGGUGUUGAGGGUGGGGACGUCGAGCAUACUGCGAAAGCGCUGACUAACAUGAAGGUUGGCGAAUCGAAAGAGGACUGCUCAAAGGAUCUCUUUGGGAUUUGCCCUAUGCAUCAAUCACAAUCACUUGAAGGACCCAAUUACACUGAAAUUCACGACUUGUUUGAUGAGAAAUACGUGGAUCAAGAGAUUUGUGUUCGUGCUCGACUCCACCGCAGUCGUGCUAAGGGAAAAUUGUGUUUUAUUGUGCUUAGGGAACGGCAGUAUUUGUUGCAAUGUGUUUUAUCCAGUGGGGAGAAAGUUUCCAAGGCGAUGCUUAAAUUUGCUGGAAACAUAUCCAAGGAAUCCAUAGUUGAUGUGCACGGGGUGGUUAGGGUUUCACCGGUACCUAUUGAGGGAUGCUUCCCUGACAAUAUCGAACUUCACGUUGCCAAAGUGUUCGUUAUCAGCGCAUCUUCACCCAUCCUCCCCUUUCAAAUUGAGGAUGCUAUGCGAACGGAUGAAGAAAAUGAUGCUGUAAAUAAUAACCUGUCGCGAGUCAAUCAAGAUACUCGCCUUGAUAAUCGUUUCAUUGAUCUUCGAACCCCAGCUAAUCAAGCGAUUUAUCGUGUUGAGCAUGGUGUAGUCCAUCUUUUCAUGAAUUAUCUCGACGAUCAUGGGUUCACUAUGAUUCACACCCCAAAGAUCAUUGGAGGUGCUUCUGAAGGCGGUGCUAAUGUAUUUAAAUUCCAGUACUUCAAUUCUGAAGCAUGUCUUGCUCAAUCGCCUCAACUCUACAAGCAGAUGGCGAUUGCUGCUGACUUUGGGCGCGUAUACACGAUUGGUGGCGUGUUUCGUGCUGAAGACUCCAACACUCAUAGACAUUUGUGCGAAUUUGUUGGUUUAGAUUUGGAAAUCGCCUUUAAGACGCAUUAUCACGAAGUUGUUGACCUUAUUGCUGAUAUGUUUGUCAGUAUUUUCAAAGGUCUUCAGAGCCAAUAUGCGGCGGAAAUCGAGGCAGUUGGCAAGCAAUACAAAGCAGAACCAUUCGAAUUUACUGAGCCGACUUUGAAACUGAAGUUUGCUGAAGGCAUAAAGAUGCUGAGAGAAGCUGGGUGGGACGUGGAGGAAUUUGGCGAUUUAAGCACCCCAGCUGAGAAGUUUUUGGGGAAGUUGGUGAAGGAGAAGUACAAGACGGACUUCUACAUCCUGGACAAAUUUCCCUUGGCAAUUCGUCCAUUUUACACCAUGCCUGACCCGCACAACGAGGCUCUCUCAAAUUCUUACGACUUCUUCAUGCGUGGUGAGGAGAUCAUGUCCGGUGCGCAGCGAAUUCAUGAUCCGGAGUUCCUGACAGAAAGAGCUAAAGCUCAUGGCAUUGACGUGAAGACUAUUCAAUCGUACAUUGAUUCCUUCCGCUAUGGAUGUCCGCCCCAUGCUGGUGGUGGCAUUGGUCUUGAACGUGUAACUAUGCUUUUCUUGGGCCUGGACAACAUUCGAAAGGUUUCAAUGUUUCCUCGAGAUCCUAAACGUCUGGCCCCCUAG